UGUUACAUCGACCUGCACGCUUCAGCAGGAAUCACAGCACGGCAGAGGCAAAAGAUGGUUUUCCUGACAACUAAAAUCAUGCAAAGGACUGCACUCUUUGUGACAUUUGGGGGGUUUGUCACUUCUCUGAUCAAUGCCUUCCUUCCAUUCUGGAAGACGAUGAACUCUGACCUGAACGAAAUGGAGAACUGGUUCUCUGGAUUGUGGCACACCUGCCUCUACACAGAGGAGGUGGGAAUUCAGUGCAAGGCCUACGAUUCAGUCCUAGGCUUGCCGUUGGAACUGCAGAUCUCCAGGUGGCUUGUGACAGUUUCUAUAGGCACCGGAGGUUUAGGUCUGCUGGUUGUCUUACCAGGAUUGGAGGGGGUUGAGAUGUGCGUGGAGCAGCCUCACCUGAAGAGACGGUUCAUUAUCCUUGCCGGGCUGUUGACCUGGGUGUCAGGGCUCACCAGUCUGGCUCCUGUCUCUCUUGUGGCCUACUCAACUUUGGUGGACUUUUUUGACGAGGGUUGGCCUGAGGUGAUGCCACGCUGGGAGUACGGAGAGGCAAUGUUCUCUGGAUGGUUUGGAGGUUUGGGCCAGCUCAUCGGAGGGACUCUCCUUUUUAUAGCUGUGUGUAUGUACGACUUUGACCAGAGGCCACCGAGUGUGCCAAACAGCCCACAGGUGAAGCACAGGACAAAGGACUACCAGAAGACAGAGGUGUUAUAGAUCUCUCAUUGUUAAAUGUGUUAUCUGCACAUCCAUGUAUGUCAUAUGGAGACGUGGACUUGAAUAAUGAGAUAAAAAUCACUUUUGAAAACAUUUUUUGGCUCUAUUUGUGUGACAAUGACAAGAAAAACAUUUCUGAUUGAAGUGAUAUAAAAGCUGUUUGUGUUUCGGUGUUUCAUUUCAAGUCAGGUUGUUACACCUUCCUGUGAUUUCUGUUCUGGUUAAUAGAGAGGUUUUUUUUUUUGUUUUUUUUUUACAAACCUGCAAGUUAAUAAGCAGCUUUAGUCGACAGAGGAUAAAUAAGAUGGGAAGUCUUUAUCUACCACUAGACAUGCACCUACUUUACAUCAAACUUUUCUUAGAGUAAAAGUAGAAAUACCGACAGAAUAAACUCAAAAAUAACCUCUUCAUCUUUGACUCGUACAUCUCCUUUGGUGCAAUGUCUGAUAACCAGGCUAGUGAUUCUCAAAUUGAUUAAUGGGUACUUUAAUUCAAAAUUAAAGUAGUGACAGCAGCCAAAAUCUGUUU